AUGGAACAUUUGCAGACGGCAAAUAGAUAUGAAGCAAUAUACAUGUGUUCCUGCGCCGAGACAUGGUGCAGGACGCCCACACAAGAGGGUGUUGGAAUCUCUGGGACAGACUCCUCAUGGUACUGUGAGCGCGUCGACCUCUCAGAUUCCUACAGUCCUUCUCUAGAGGCGCCCACCUCGACCAUACCUGUCGGACCCACCCCUACAGUAUUCACUGUACCACCAGCGGUACCACCUGCGACAUACCCGACCCCUCCACCAGCAGUACCAGUUACUUCUUAUCCGGUACCACCACUUACCGUACCUCCAGCCGCUCUUACCUAUAUUGACCCUGCAGUGUCACUAGCGGUAUCUGCCCCAGCUUAUGCAGCACUAGAGGUCAUGUAUGCUUCAGUUUGUCCAAGGACUGGAGGGACAUCUUCAAGUAAAAUUGUAGGUUUUGAUAAUUCAUCUUACAUAGAGGCAUUGGAUAGAACCCUUAUAAUUGAGGCGGCUCAACAGAGAGCGAAUGCAGACAAGAAAAAGAAGCAGACAGAUCAGACUUCAGGACAGACCCAACAUCCACAGGCUACUAGACAGCAGCAGAGUGGUCGCAGUCAGUUGGGUCAGGGUACUUCUGGGACAUCUGGACGACCUCAGGAGUCAGGGAGGACUUCAUCAGGACGUUUCCUGUCUUCUCAGCAGAACCAUAAAUAG